GGUAUGAUUUUCUAUUCUAUGAUUCUAUGAAUUGAUAAAGCGUUUAUAUUCUUGCUUCUGUCGCACUCAAGGUUGAUCACAAACGAAGAACAAAUAAAAGAGGAGAGAGAGAGGGAGGGAGAUGAAGAAGAUGCUUUCCUCACCUCCGUCCGCUCGUGCAUGGUCCACGUCUGGAGAAUCCUAGCGGCGCUGUGCAGCCCAUUGAAAGAUGACUACGAGGACUUCUCCUCACUACAAGCCCUCCAAGCCGCUGGUGGCCGCAAAGAAUGGAAACAGAUGGGUCAUCAAACCUUGUUCACUCGAGAUCAUAUGGGGUGGAGAUGACCGCUACUGGCGCAUUCCUAAAGAAGAAACAGAUCAGCCCGUCGAGCUUCUACAAGUGAGCUGGCUCGAGGUCACUGGUUCACUCGGCGUCGACCAGCUGCCGAAGGGUCAGGAGCUGAUGUUCAAAUUCAACGUGAGAUUGAAGUCCGACGCGUUCGGCUGGAAGAAUGCCCCCGUGUACCUAAGCGCUGGGUUCGGCAGGGCCUGCAGCUGGAAGAAGUAUGACCUGAGCCUCUUGAAGAAGGAGACGAUCGUCGAAGUCCCUCAAUACCCGAGGGUUAAGGUCCCUACGAACCCUGCUCCCGGUGACAAGAUUCACUUCGGCAUGUACGAGAUUUGGACGGGGACGUGGAAGGGGGGCCUUUUCAUUCAUGAUGUGGUCAUCGAAGCAGUUUAAUUUCGCCCGAAGAAGUCAAAAGUACGUAGUGCAUUAUGCAAUGUAAUUCCAUCCGUAUGUAAAAAAUAAAAUUAGUUUCCCGUGUCGAUCUCAUGGCUUGCGUACCCUCUUGAGAGCGUAGCAUGGUGUGCGCCUGCACGCCAAAUGAAAUGAAACUUACAUAAUAUUUUUGAAUAUUAUAAUAAAGAUUUUACCGUUGUAAUUAUUC